GACUGGCUCCCGGGUUCCUCGGCAGGGACUUCUCUCCCCAGACCCCACUCUUCGCCUCCCGAUGGGUGCCGCUGGCCAGCUCCUCGAUUCGUUGUGGCCCCCACCCAAAUGCCCUCUGAGACCAAAUCUCGUUGUGGCUACCUGGCUCUGCAAGAAGCGGUUGGGGAACGGCGAUUCGCGAUCUGGAGUCCCAGGAACAGGCCAGGUGUAGGAAGCAGACGGUAGCAGGGCGCGUACGGUGGGCUCGGGCAGGAAACGAACAUCUGAGCUUGGAGUCGUGGUACACCUCCUGGCUUUUUCUGUGCCACUCCCCACCUUACUGGUCUUGGCCGACCAAGAAUUAGUACCCUGUUUCUUAGAAUUUCGAUUUUCUGAAAUUGCUGUAAAUCGGACCCGUGUCUCAAACGGACCAACCCGGGCCUCCACCGCGGGAUUCCACUUCUCUAAUUCGCAUCUUGGAAAGCUAUCCUCACACACUAUCCUCCCUUCUCUAAGGCGAAAGGGCUACACUGGGGAGUCGCUGAGGCCUUGGGAGGCUCCGAGCGCCGCACCCUUACAGACACUUUACCCCACCCAAGCAUCAGAAAAUGAGCCUGGAGCAUGCCAGCCAAGGAAAGUGGGAGAAGGCUGAAGCGUCUUGGUGACCUUAUGACCUCUGGGCGCGGACCCAGGAGCGGGGAGAAAGUGACCUCCAGGUCCCUCCCCGGGAUGGGACCCCUGCCGGGCGGGCCCCAAAGCCGAAGACACGCCCCUGCCGCCACCCUGCCCGGUGCAGGCCGCCAUAAUCGGGUUAGCUAGGCCGGAAUUACAUUACCUUCCCCAGCCCGCCCCGGCCCUGGGGGGGGCCCUGGCGCCUCCGAGCCGGAUGAAUCAGUGAAUGAGAAACAGGCAGUAGGUGAAGAUCUGGAUGAAUGUCACCUUUGAAGUCUGCGCAGGUGGCACCGCCUCACCCCCACCACUCCCCCCAUUGAUGACCCUUUGAGAAGAAUGGCCACAAAGGGCGGCUGUGCUUACAAAUCUGGGAGUUAAUGAGAAAACUGUCUAGUACCUGGCUGUAAGGACGGAGGAUAAGAUAUUUUGUCAGCCACAGGCCCAACCAGGAGUCUCUCUUCCUGCACCCAUCUCUACUUGAAUGGUUCCUGCUAGUUCAGGUUGAAGAUGGGGCUUCUGGGGACCCAGUGAUGACAGUGUACCAGACCCGGGAACCCCUGUGUCCUCCCCAAGUGCGGGCCCGGGCCUAUGCUACUGCAGGCACUCGCUGCCCAAGUCUCCUCGCUGUCAAUCCUCCCCUCCUCCUUCGGCAUCUGCUCUGCAUUAGUCUGUCCCAGGCCUCCGCAGGCGCCGAUGAUUAAAUCAUCAUCAUUAGCCAGGGCCUAUUCUCCCCAUCCUCGGCAGCAGGGAGAGAGUGGGGAGUAAGAGCUCCCGGUUCCCCGGGGGGUCUCUCCCUCUCCACCCCGCCCAGGGCACCCUCUCCCAGACUUCGCGAGCCCGGAAAAAACUCCCGCGGCGCAGACGGGAGAAGGCCCGCGGCUGGGACGCAGCUCCGCAACGCGGACGCCGCAGCGGAGCAGGACUGCACUGUAUAGAGAGGACCCCGGGUCGGAGGCGAGGUCGGGUCCCAGGACUCCCACACUCCGGAGCUGUAGCGGCGGGCGAUAGCCCGGCUUCGGGGUCCCAGGGCACACAGGCUCUCUUAGCACAAGCUACCGAAGUUGAUCCAGAGGUUGUGUGCGCGCCGUUGGAAGGACGCCCGUGGGAGCGUGCACCGCAGAGACCCUGCUUCACUCAACCCCCCUCCAUAACGACCACCGAUUGUUGGGGGGGCAGCGGGCUCAGGGGGGCCAGAUUGCGAUCGCGAUGAGGCUUCGGAACCAGCUCCAGUCAGUGUACAAGAUGGACCCACUACGGAACGAGGAGGAGGUCCGGGUGAAGAUCAAAGACCUGAAUGAACACAUCGUUUGCUGCCUGUGCGCGGGCUACUUCGUGGAUGCCACCACCAUCACAGAGUGUCUCCACACCUUCUGCAAAAGUUGUAUCGUGAAGUACCUGCAAACCAGCAAGUACUGCCCCAUGUGCAACAUCAAGAUCCACGAGACGCAGCCGUUGCUCAAUCUCAAACUGGAUCGGGUCAUGCAGGACAUAGUGUAUAAGCUAGUGCCAGGCUUGCAAGACAGUGAAGAGAAACGGAUUCGGGAAUUCUAUCAGUCCCGAGGCUUAGACAGAGUCUCCCAGCCCAGUGGUGAAGAGCCAGCCCUGAGCAACCUUGGCCUCCCCUUCAGCAGUUUUGACCACUCUAAAGCCCACUAUUAUCGAUAUGAUGAACAGCUGAGCCUAUGCCUGGAGCGGCUGAGUUCUGGCAAAGACAAGAAUAAAAAUGUCCUUCAGAACAAGUAUGUUCGGUGUUCUGUGAGAGCUGAGGUCCGCCAUCUCCGAAGGGUUCUGUGUCACCGACUAAUGCUAAAUCCACAGCAUGUACAGCUCCUUUUUGACAAUGAGGUUCUCCCAGAUCACAUGACAAUGAAACAGCUAUGGCUGUCCCGCUGGUUCGGCAAGCCAUCUCCUUUGCUUCUCCAAUACAGUGUGAAAGAGAAGAGGAGGUAGGGGCCAGGCUUGCUUCCACCCCCUUCCCACCCCUCCCCAGAUAUUUAUGUGAAAUUAACUGUGGCUUUAUUUUUUGAAAUAAAUGCUUUUAAAAAGCA